AUUAAAUAAAAGAAAACUGUAAUUACUGUUGAUUACUUCUAAUUAUUUUUGAAUCAGUGCUGUGAGGUGACACAGAAAUGUCGUAGAGAACAUACGUUGUUGUUGUUGUUGUUGUUGGUAUGCCUGCUCUCGCCCCAAAACUUUCAAACGUGAGCGUUCAACGAUCUACUUGCCCCAUUUGUCCAGCUUAAGUUUCAGCCGACCAGUCGAUAUUACGUGUACUAAUUCAUAAUGGUAAGUUAUUUCUCUUUUCUUCGGUCCCGCAAAACAAAAAAAAUAACAAACAACGACUCACAAAAUGUCAUAUAUUGUGAGCUAUGGCAAAUGUGCACCUCAGCCUGCUGGGUGCCUGAGGCUCCCCUCGAAGUUGCAUUGAAGUUUUCCGAGGUUAACAGAGGGUUAAAUUUUGAAACAUUUUCAAAUCCCCUUUUUUCUAAGUUUCCUCUCCUUAUCUAAAAGGUGCUCAUCCAAAGGAGGAUCCCCUCCUUAGCCUUGGGCAGGGCGUUAGCUUUAGGCCUACAUACCACGCACCAGGCAGGCCUGCCCUAGGGCCAGAAGGUGUACCUUUCCUCUCAUAAAGAUGCAAUUUUAAUGAACAAUAUCAAAGAUUUCAUGAAGGUGUAAAACGUUUCUAGAAUUUUUUUUUUUUUCAGGCGCUGCGGACAACAAUUGCAGACAUUGUGAGAGAAGCUGAAGUGCCCCUAGAUGAUUUGGAAACCACGCAGCUUCUAGACCACCUGUUUUCAAAAGCUAUUGGCGUUACAAAAAUCACUGACCUAGUGGAUGUCCAGAGAGAAACUCUCCCUUCAAACUUACUGGAAACACUAGGACAAGUACCAGCCAAAAGGCUCAUCAGAUAUUUUCAUAAUGCAGCAGAAGGUACAAAUGAAAACAUUUAUAUAAAUAAGUUGAAAAUCCCCAAAAGAGUUCAUGAACUCCAGCAGUUGUCUAUAGAUAACAAUAUUGGUUUUAUUCACAGCCGCAAGUCACAAUCGAAGUAGGAGUAGGAGUCCAAUUUCACCCAGAAAUGAAGGUGAUUCUGAUGAAUCUGGAGCCAGUCAACAUGAAGGAGACAAUACCCCUGAAAAACCUCCUGUCUUUGGGGAAGGUAUGUACAGAAAUUUAUUAAAUUCAUCUGAAGUAGGUGUAUUUCUUAGAGUUUUUACAAAAUGGAAAAUUAUUUAUUUGUUCUUUACUUAUUGCAGGUGAAUUUCGGUAUAUCAUUAACUGGAAUGACAUGCCAAGGAAAACUGUGAGAGCCUUGGAGAGAGCGAAGCAGAACAAAGUAGAGGGAGAAGAUGAUGAAAUCAAUAAAUUAAAGCGGGCUCUCGCAGACAAAAUUGUAAUCGCUUAUAAGGAUUUUCGAAAGACCCAUCCCCAUAUCACCCAAAAGACCCCAGGAAUCAAAGUAUCAUUUGAUGUUGCAAUUCAGGUUGUCAAAAAGUUUGAAAUAGCUAUGCAAGAAAGCUUAAAUGGCAAAGUUCAUGGAGAUGGCACACUAACCUUCAGAAAAAGGUUAAACACCAAAAUAGAAAAUAUGUUUAGAAAAGAGGAGGACACAGAAGACGGGGGAAUGCCUUCUAUAAGCCGAGGAGUUGGUGUACCAGGUGUUCUGAAAGAUCAAUAUAGACCACCUCUUUCCAGAAAAUCAAGGAAUCGUCAGACACUGAUAAGAGGCUCACUAUGUAGAAUUAAUAAAGAAGAAGAUCCUGAUGAUUGGGAUUGGAUAGAUAUUGGAACGAAGAUGAAAGACACCUAUGAGUUGCAGCGAGAUGAUAUAGUUGAGCUGACAAAAAAAGUUAUGGAUGAAGAUAAGGGAGAAGAUGAAAGCGAUCCAGAUGAGGAUGAAAGAGUAAUGUCUUCACUCAAGAGAGACUGGCCUUUUCUAUUUUACUCCGUGCCAAUGAAUACUCACUACAAGAGGCUCACAGGAAUUGACUUGCAGGAACGGGUUCUAAAAUUUUUGUCAGCAGAUGAGCUGAAGUACCUUCUCUUAUACUAUUGCUCGUGUUCUAACAGCAGUGCCAUCAACACACAAAACUUGGUGCUGAAAUUAAAAGUUCAGCAGGAAAUGCCUGCCUCUGCUUCCAUGUCAACUAGCACUCAAUUUUUACUGGCACUGUGUAUGACUGCAAACAAUUUUGCUGAAACUUAUACCAACACUUUUUUGUUCACAUCAGAAAAAACUCUGAGACCAGAGGAGGUGGAUUCUGUACCAAAUUUGCCCAGCAGUAUCUGCAUUAUUGCUCUUGGUGAUGAUCCUUUCAAUGCAAAUACGUAUUAUGUGUCACUUGAUAAAAUCUGUGUAGCAGAGAAAGAAAAUGCAUUAGAUGCAGUUAUGAUGCUAAUUAAAAUCUGUUUUGUGUUUGAUAUUGAAUAUCCUCCUGGUUUGUCACUGACCUUUGAGUUUAUAGAGAGAAUAGUACUUGAACUUACUGUGAAAGAGACUAGAGUGAAAAACAAGAGCGGAAAACUUCUUCUAGUGCUGACAGAGAAAGUGAAAAAGGCUGGUAAAACUUUUCAUAACUUCAAAAAAUCAGUAAGGGAAGGUCUUGAGCAAGAUUUCUAGAUUAAGAGCGCAAGAUGAUGUGCACACUUUAUGAACUUUUUAAAUUGAUUUGAUCGCACUUAAAAGUGUGAAUCUCCACACUUAAUGAACUGAAGAAGUUUUUAAAUUGGUUUAAGUUUAAAAUUUAUGUUUCAUUUAUGACAAAUUUCUUUUAUCUUUAUACAUAUA